UCCAUCCUGCAGCAGGUUCAAGAGUCCGGACAGGAUCAGCUGCACGGGACCCCCUGUGGACUCAACCGAACCGAGCCGAACUGAGCCGAGCCGAGGAGCGGAGCCCAUCCCGAGCCCGAGCCCGAGCCCGAGCCGAGCCGCUCUGAGUUCACCCUGGAGUCAGUGUGAUGAGCGGAGUCUGCAGUCGUGUGUCCGCGUGUAUGGAGGCUCCGAGGCGGAGGAUCGACCCGCUGCUGGUCCUGCUGCUGCUGCUGAGCUCCGCCGCUCCGGGACACGCCGAGAGGGUGUGUCACUGCAGCGGGAAGUCGCUGUGUCACUGCGACGGGAUCAAAGGUCAAAAGGGUGAAGUCGGGUUCCCCGGAGAAGAUGGACUUCCUGGAGUGAUUGGUUACCCUGGAAACGAGGGUCACCAGGGACCACAAGGAGAGAGGGGUGAGCAGGGAGCACCAGGAUAUCCAGGACUCAAAGGCUCUCGGGGUCUUCCAGGAAAAGUAGGUUUCCCAGGACCUCCAGGACUGCCAGGAAUUCCUGGACGUGAAGGACCAGUAGGCCGUCAUGGACUCCCAGGAUGCAAUGGGACAAAGGGGGAUGUUGGGUACCCAGGAUACCCCGGGCUUUCAGGACGUCGUGGCGUUCCAGGUGCCCCAGGACUGCGAGGUACAAAGGGAGACUCGUUUGUCUACGCCGUCCCUCAGGAUAUUAAAGGAGAGACAGGACCACAAGGACCAAAUGGAAAAGAGGGGUCGAGGGGAGGUCCAGGUCAACUAGGUCUGCCAGGACCACCAGGACCUGCUGGACUUCCUGGAACUCCAGGGUUGCCAGGGUUACCGGGAGAGAAGGGUCAGGAGGGUCCCAGUCCGGUGAUCCCAGGUCCCAGAGGACAGAAGGGUGAUCGUGGACCUCCAGGGAUUCCUGGACAGAAAGGGAUCAAGCUGUACGCUGAAGGACCCAAAGAGCUGAAGGGAGAACCAGGUGAAGUCGGAGAGAGAGGUUGUCGUGGACUUCCUGGUGACCCAGGGAUAUUGGGGGCGAAAGGACAGAAGGGUGAUUCAGGUGACCCUGGUUCACUGGGUAAACCGGGAAAGGACGGACUCAUCGGAGAGCUUGGAGCUCAGGGAGACCCAGGGGAUCAUGGGUAUGUUGGUCCUCCAGGUAUUGACGGAGCCCAGGGGGAGAAAGGUGAACUUGGUCCUCCAGGUCUACCAGGAGAGGUGGUCUACAAUUACAUGCUCCUGAAGGGCCAACGUGGUUUCCCUGGGCUCCCUGGACCCUCAGGAUACUCUGGAGAACAAGGAGUCACUGGUUUUCCUGGACUGCAGGGCAAGCCAGCUGAGGCUCCUGUUGGGCCUCCAGGACGCCGGGGGCUGCCUGGUUUAUCUGGACCCAAAGGAGACCCAGGAGAACCAAGACCCAUUAUCACUGGGCCCCCAGGAAAGACUGGCUUCCCAGGAAUUCCUGGAGAUGAGGGAGAUCCAGGAGAACCAGGAAUACCAAAUUUAGUGCAGGAUGGUGUUGGUCCUCCUGGAGCUAAAGGUUCAAAAGGCCUGUUGGGAUAUCCUGGGACCAGAGGGCAUGUUGGACUGCCAGGUGAGAAGGGUGAAAUCUGCUUGGUCUGUCCUCUUGCCUCCAGCACCCCUGGACCUCAAGGUAAACCAGGAGAGCCAGGUGAAAAUGGGGGGACAGGUUCAGAUGGUUCAUCAGGACCCAUUGGUGACAAAGGGCUCAAAGGUGCCAGAGGACCACCUGGUCCACCGGCCCCAUUUGGUGCCCCUGGCAGCCCGGGGCCCCCAGGACCUUUUGGUGACCCGGGGAUCAUGCAGAGGGUGGGACAGAAGGGUGGAGAAGGAGCCCCGGGGCCACCAGGACCACCAGGUCGCGAGGGAUCAGACGGACGUCAAGGAGUUCCAGGUCUGAAAGGUGCUUUGGGUCAGAGAGGAAACCCUGGGCCUCCGGGAGAGAAGGGUAACAGGGGCUCACUCGGGGAGACCGGGCCCCGAGGACUGGAAGGACAGAGGGGACCCACCGGACCUCCUGGUAUUGGCGCUCCAGGAUCUCCAGGACCUAAAGGCAAUAUGGGAGUCCUGGGACAGCAGGGAAUUCCUGGAAAUCCAGGCGAAAAAGGUUCUCCAGGUGAAAUCAAAACCACCCCAGGAGAUCCAGGACAGAAGGGAGAGAAAGGUUUAUCUGGAAAUCCUGGACCUGAAGGGCUGACAGGGCCUCCAGGUGAUCUAGGAUUUGUUGGUCCAAAGGGUGAAAAAGGAGAUAAAGGAUUUUCUUUGCAGGGUCUCCCAGGCUUUCCAGGGAUUAAAGGACUGAAGGGAUCUCCAGGAACUAAAGGUAUAUCAAGUUUUGGGGUCAAGGGACGAGCAGGGCCAUCGGGCCCACCAGGAAUGCCGGGCCCAAAGGGGGACCGGGGUAUCGGUUUCCCUGGUCCGCAGGGUCAGUCGGGCCCUCAGGGAGAAGAUGGUUCUGUGGGGCCCCAAGGAAACUCCGGACCCCAAGGAGUAGAUGGACCUCCGGGACCUUCAGGACAAGAUGGACCACCAGGACCCAUUGGUCGUAGUGGUCUGGAUGGUAUGCCCGGUCCUGUUGGUCCUGUUGGACUCUGUUCACAGGGACCUCCUGGACCUGAAGGAACGGAGGGACCGAUUGGCAUCAUCGGAUUCACAGGGCCCCGGGGCUCAAAGGGAGUGCGGGGUGAUCCUGGGCUGCCAGGUGUGGGAACCAUGGGGUCUCAGGGACCACAUGGGACACCAGGGUUUGAUGGACCUCCAGGGCUGGUAGGAGGUGCCGGACUAAAGGGCCUGAAAGGCAACAAUGGGGAGCCAGGAAGCCCAGGUAUCAGAGGGGACAUGGGUCCUCCAGGACCUUUUGGGAAUCCAGGCGAUGAUGGGAAACCGGGAGAGACAGGACGACCAGGACCAAGAGGUGAUAUGGGAGCAGAUGGAGGCAGCGGCUUUCAGGGACCUCAAGGGCCUCAGGGGGACCCAGGAGAGCCCGGACCUAGAGGAGUCUCUACUUCUGUUGAGAUGUACGGAGAUCAUGGAGACCCUGGAGCCCCCGGGGCGGUAGGUAUUACUGGUGCUAAAGGAGAGCGGGGCCCCCCGGGACCUCAGGGCGCCAACGGCAUCAAUGGUAUUCCUGGAUACACUGGGCCACAAGGACUUCCUGGAGACCCUGGCAGAGAUGGGCAGAAAGGUCCUUCUGGUCCCUGUGGGCUUCCUGGUAUCCCAGGAGAAAUGGGGAAGCCAGGUGUUAAAGGUGAGAAAGGCUGUACCGGCCCUUGUGGGAUACCUGGUUCAAAUGGAAAACCAGGUUCGGGAGGACCUAAAGGUCCUAAAGGAGAACCGAGUCCGCCUGGACCAGGAUCCAAAGGAUGCCCAGGAGAGAAGGGGAUUUCAGGAUGUCCAGGACCUGCAGGUACAGAGGGGAAACCAGGACCCCCAGGAAACUUUGGUCCUCCAGGAGCCUAUGGUCCCUGUGGCCCCAAAGGCCAAUCUGGGCCCCCGGGAAACCGAGGUCGUCCUGGAGUUCCUGGUGAAAAGGGCUGUGAUGGUCCUCCAGGGAAAAAUGGCUCUCCAGGAUGCACUGGUUUCCCAGGUAACAAUGGGGCACCUGGAGAUCCUGGUCCAGCUGGUCCCAGAGGAAACCAGGGACAAGAUGGGAUACCUGGACCUCCUGGAGAGAAAGGAGCCAUGGGAUAUUCUGAAUCUGGACCCCGGGGCCCAGAUGGGAAGAAAGGUCUACCUGGUUGUGUUGGAUAUAAAGGUCCUCCUGGUCCCUGUGGCCCUCCUGGUCCAUGUGGUCCUGGGGGAAACCCAGGUUGUCCCGGUCCUCCUGGACCCCCAGGUCCUCCUGGUUGUCAUGGCCAGAAGGGAGUCUGCACUGAAGGAGAGAAAGGAAACUGUGGAACCCCUGGAGGAAAGGGACCAAAAGGUCCCCCUGGCUGUAAGGGUCCUCCUGGUCCUCCAGGCCCUGGUAAUAAAGGAGAUAAGGGAUAUAAAGGACCAAUAGGUAAACCAGGACCACCUGGCUUCCCUGGUCUACGUGGUCCACAAGGCAAGCCGGGUGAAAACGGACCUCCGGGUCCACCUGGGUACAAAGGCAAUGCUGGAGAAAUUGGUUACACUGGACCUGUUGGUUUGAAGGGUGAUGAAGGGUCACGAGGUGAUGCUGGCGCACGAGGACUUCAAGGAGUACCUGGAUUCAGAGGACCCAGGGGGGAGGACGCAACCAGGGAGGUAAUACUGAGUCCAGGAGACCAAGGCCUUCCUGGAGAAAAGGGACCACCAGGAAAUAGAGGACACCCGGGGUCCAUUGGGGAAGCUGGACCUCAAGGUAUUAAGGGCCGAGGAGGGCAGAAUGGGAAAAGAGGAAUACAAGGUCGUCCUGGACUGAAAGGGGAGCAGGGAGACCGGGGACCCACUGGACAAAAAGGUACGGCAGGUCCAUGUGGUCCACCUGGUCCCAAAGGUAUUCAAGGUCUGCCGGGUCCCUGCGUGGACAACCCGGAGAAGGACAGCUUCCUGUUCACCAGACACAGUCAAAACCUGUUUGUCCCAAGAUGCCCUCCAGGAACCAACAAGGUGUACAGCGGAUACUCACUGCUGUUCAUCAACGGGAACAACCGAGCUCAUGGACAAGACUUGGGUACAUUAGGUAGCUGCCUCCCUCUGUUCACCACCAUGCCCUUUCUUUUCUGCAACACUGACAGCACCUGUCGCUAUGCCUCCCGCAAUGACUACUCCUAUUGGCUGUCCACUGAUGAAACACUGUCAGGCAGCGUCCCAUUCAUCUCGGGGGAAAUACUGGAGCGUUACAUCAGCCGGUGUACUGUAUGUGAGGCCAGAGCCAACGUGAUUGCCAUCCACAGUCAGACCAUUGACGUUCCUGGCUGUCCCCCUGGGUGGGAUAAUCUUUGGGAUGGAUACUCCUUUGUGAUGGAAACAGGAGUAGGGGCAGAAGGGUCGGGUCAGCCUCUGGCCUCACCUGGAUCCUGUCUGGAAUACUUCAGGAAGAUUCCCUUCAUCGAGUGUCACGGCAGAGGAACCUGCAACUACUACACCGACUCCUACAGCUACUGGCUGGCUGCUCUCAACCCUAACGACAUGUUCAGUAAACCGAGGCCUCUGACUGACAGAAGGGUUUUUCCUGACAGUCUGAUUAGCCGCUGUCAAGUCUGUAUGAAGAUGCUGUGAAAGAACUAUUGAUACUACCACUGUAAAUACUGCUGCUGCCAACACUACUGAUAUUAAUACUACUGACAACAGCUCUACUUCCUGUGUCCUCACACCAGCACUGACCAAUCAGAGGACAGAUGCAUCCACCAUCUUUGCUUCCUGUUUUUAGUUUUAGAUAGAAUUCAAAAUUAUUCAUCAUUUAAUUCACUGAAUUCAUCUGAAACUGCUACCAUUAUAUACUAAUGCCCAUAACCUCAAAGUACUACUACUGCUUCUUCUGUUGCUUCUACUACUUCUACUACUGCUACUGUGACCAUUAUCUACUAAUAAUUCCGGCCUCUAACUCCUGCUACUGUAGUACUACUAUCACUGGAGCUGCAGUACCUUCUUCUGACAGAGGUCUGCAGUGCUGAGACACAACAGAGGAAGAAGACUGACCAAUCAGCAGCUGCACUUCCUCUGACAGCCACCAGGAGGAGCUCCAAGAAAACUUGAAGUCAACGAGGAAAAAUUUAGAGAUACAAAGAGUGAUGCAUUUUUAUUUUCUGCACAACAACAGAAUCUGAAGCUCCCUGAUUGGAUGGUUCUCAGGCAAGGCAUUCUGGGACUUGUUGUUUUAUGUCAUUAAGUUUUUCUACGACCUUUCACUAAUUAAUUCUUCAUCAAACCAUAAUAUUAUACGUAUGUACGAAGAGGAACCAUGUGUUUCACUUCAAGACUCUAUUGUUUUCAGAUGUACAUACUCUUGUGCUGUAAUUGUUAAAUUUACUGAGAUAGUGGCAAACUGGUGAAACCUUUGUUUUGUGAAUAUGAUACUUGUUAAGUUUAAUAAAAUGUGUUUUACAGAAGUCAGAUCAGUUUCUGUUGUAUGAUUCUGCUAUUUUCCUCCAUCGAAGCGGGAACACAGUCAGAUCUUUAUACUCUGUUUAAAAAGAGU